CCCAGCAUGUCCAAGGAGCCCAGUUCCAACCUGGAGAGCGCCAUGCAGAUCCUCAUAAAGACCUUCCACAAGUACUCGGGGAAGGAGGGCGACAAGUACACACUGAGUCGGGGCGAGCUGAAGGAGCUACUGGUGGAGGAGCUGGGGAGCUACUUGGGGAGCUCCAAAGAUAAUGAAGGAGUCGAAAAGGUGAUGAACGACUUGGACGCCAACAACGACGGGGAGGUGGACUUCACCGAGUUCAUCAUCCUGAUGGGCGCCCUCACAGUCGCCUGCAACGACUUCUUCCUGGAGUACAAAACAGACGAGAAGCCGAAAGAUGGAAGCAAAUCCGAGUCGGCGGAGAAGAAAGAUUGAAGC